AUGGUCCUAUUAAGAGGAAUAGGAGGCGAAGAGGUGGGCGAUUUGGUUCUUGAUUGCCAUGGUGAGUUUUGUUGCAGUUUUGCGGCUGUUGGCUCAAAUGGUUCCCACAUUUUGGGAAUUGAGUUGGUGGCUAUUCGUAGCGGGCUACUUUUGGCAGCUGCUAAAGGUAUGGUUUAUUUGACUGUCGCUUCUAAUUCACAAGAAGUUGUGAAUAUGAUUAAUGGCGUUGAUGGGUGGUUAAGUAAUAUGGGUAAUCUAGUUGAUGAUAUUGGGCAAUGCAAAGGUGGUUUAUCAGCCUCAUGA